UGUACAUACAGGAAGUCAACUAUCUCAGCUCAGGGCUCAGCUAAUAGCUCCUCUUGAUCUCUAGCUCUACCAUGGCUGACAGUUACAGUGUUACAUUGACCCCCAGUGUGAGUAGCCCUCCACCAGAUGUUGCAGAUACAACCAUCACUGCAAGUGCUGCAAGCUCCUCUGCUACCACUACUGCUACAGACACAGCCAAGCUAGUCAAGGCUCGGGGCAAGUUCACCCGAGCUCAGACGACUGUGGGUACACUCAUCACAUCAGCCGAGACCACACGACUCAAGCAAGAUGAAGAGAGGACGGCUAACUGGAAGAGAUGGGGACCUUAUCUCAGUGAGCGCCAGUGGGCCACCGUGAGGGAGGACUACUCCGCCAACGGAUCUUGUUGGGAUUACUUCCCUCAUGAUCAUGCUCGCUCUCGUGCCUAUCGUUGGGGUGAAGAUGGCUUACUGGGAAUGUGUGAUCGUCAGUGCAGACUCUGCUUCUCUGUGGGUCUAUGGAACGAGAAAGAUUCCAUCCUAAAGGAGCGCAUCUUUGGUCUGACUGGCAACGAGGGUAACCAUGGCGAGGACCCUAAAGAGUGCUACUACUACCUAGACUCCACGCCCACUCACUCGUACAUGAAGGCAUUGUACAAGUACCCUCAAGCUGCCUUCCCUUAUGGUCAGAUUGUCGAGGGCAAUCGCUGGCCAGCACGCUCCGUCAACGACCCUGAACUAGAGUUAGAGGACACGGGGAUAUUUGAUGAGUCUCGUUAUUGGGACGUGCAGGCUGAGUAUGCUAAGGCUGCUCCUGAGGACAUGCUCAUACGCAUCACGGUCACUAAUCGUGGUCCAGACACUGCCAAGCUCCACCUACUACCAACACUGUGGUAUCGCAACACCUGGAUCUGGGGCUGUAAGCACGAGGGCUGCACAUCAAAGCCUCUACUGAAGCAACUGGAAGAUGGUCAUGUGCGGGGGAAGCAUGAGACCCUCUUGGAGAACCACUUCUAUGUGGACAAGAGCCCUGAUGGCCAACAACCACCGUUACUCUGGACAGAGAAUGAGACUAACACUCAAAGGCUGUACGGAGUUGACAACUACACGCCAUACACCAAGGACGCCUUCCACAGAUGCAUUAUUGAUGGAGAGACUGAUGCUGUCAGCCCUAAUGGCAAGGGUACCAAGGUGGCCCCCCAUUACCAGCUAGAAGUGGAGCCAGGGGAGGAAAGGGUGGUCCGUAUGAGGCUCACUAACAAAGCUCUCAAUGGAGAAGCUUUUGGAGCAGAGUUUGAGGAGAUCUUUGAGGACAGGAUCCGUGAAGCAGAUGAAUUCUAUGGUGAGCUAAUGCCGACCACGCUGGGUCCACAACAAGAGCUCGUCUCAAGACAAGGCUAUGCUGGCCUCAUGUGGACGAAACAGUUCUAUCAUUACGUGAUAGAGUCAUGGUUGGAAGGUGACCCAGAGAUGGUUCCUCCGCCUCAGGAGAGGUACAAUGGCAGGAAUGCCUCAGGAGAUUGGAGCCAUCUCUUCAACAGAGACAUCAUCUCAAUGCCUGACAAGUGGGAAUAUCCAUGGUAUGCCUCGUGGGACCUGGCCUUCCACAUGAUCCCCUUUGCCAAGGUGGACCCUGACUUUGCUAAGAACCAGCUGCUCCUCUUCCUGAGGGAAUGGUACAUGGCCCCCAAUGGUCAGAUGCCAGCGUAUGAGUUUGCCUUUGAUGAUGUGAACCCUCCUGUGCAUGCGUGGGCGGUGCUGCGUGUGUACAAGAUGACUGCCCCCAAAGGUCAGAGGGACGGCAAGUUCCUGGCAAAGUGCUUCCAGAAACUCAUCCUCAACUUCAACUGGUGGGUCAACAGGAAGGACCCCCAGGGCAGGAACAUCUUUGCUGGGGGAUUCCUCGGCCUCGACAACAUUGGUAUAUUUGACCGCUCUAAGCCGCUGCCCACUGGUGGAGUACUGGAGCAAGCUGAUGGGACUGCUUGGAUGGCCUUCUACUGUGUAGUCAUGCUCAAUAUUGCCCUAGAGCUAGCUUUGUACUAUGACCCCAUCUAUGAGGACAUGGCAUCAAAGUUCCUGGAGCACUUUGUGUUCAUCGUGGAUGCCAUGAACAGUCUGGGUGGCAAGGCAGAGGGACUGUGGGAUGAGAACGAUGGCUUCUAUUAUGAUCACCUCAGGUUGCCAGGCACUAGUAUGCCCAUGAGGGUGAGGUCGAUGGUUGGACUCAUCCCACUGUUUGCAUGUCUUGUGCUGGAAGAUGAAGUUAUUCAGAAACUGCCAGGAUUCAAGAAAAGACUUCAAUGGUUCCUCGAGAACAAGCCAGAGCUGGCUAAGCAGAUCACGUAUCUGGACACGUUGGACCGCGGGGAGUUCUGCCAUUUGUUGGCCAUUCCCAAUAGAGAGCGUUUGGAGCGUGUGCUCAAGUACCUCCUGGAUGAGGACGAGUUCCUCUCCCCCUAUGGUAUUCGCUCUCUGUCCAAGGUCCACGACAAGCAUCCCUUUGUCAUGGACGUGGGAGGGGAUACCUACACGGUGGGCUAUGUCCCAGGGGAGAGCAACACUUACGUGUUCGGAGGGAACAGCAACUGGAGGGGACCUGUCUGGCUCUGUGUCAACUACCUCUUGUUGGAGAGUCUGGAGCGCUACUACUUCUAUUAUGGUGAUGAUCUGAAGGUUGAGUGUCCGACUGGAUCAGGGAAUCUAAUGAAUCUCCUCGAGGUGUCCCAGGAAAUCUGUCAUCGCAUCGUUACUCUGUUUGUGCCUGAUGAGAAUGGGCGUCGCCCUUGCCACGGCAACGACCCUCGCUACACCAGUGACCCCUUCUGGAAGGAUCUGGUCCUGUUCUAUGAGUAUUUCAAUGGAGACAAUGGAAAGGGAUGUGGAGCGAGUCAUCAAACUGGAUGGACGGCCUUGGCUGUGAGAUGCAUUGACAAGAUUGCUGAUUGCAAGACAAUGAAAUGUUAGCUCUGAACAAUCACAUUUUCAUAUUGGACAAAAAUAUAAUUAGUUUGUGUAGAAAUUUAUUAGAAUGAACAGAUCAGAAAUACACAAAUGUAAUUGUUCGCUGAAUAUAAUUAUAAAAAUAUUAAAUAUCAUCUAA